AUGUCGCAGUUUGGACCAAAGAAUCCAGCCGCUUGGACUCGACCACCAGGAGCUAAUCAACAACUGAACGCUGGUUUGUUUCAAAAUCCAUUAAUAGGUGCGCAGCCAUUCGCACAAAUGGGUAUGAUAAAUGCUGCUGCCUUUUCCCAGCAGGCAGUUGGUAGUAUGGGCAUGAAUUUGAGCAUGCUUCAAGCUCCUUCUCAAACAUUGCGAAUGCAAGCCCAGCAGCAAAGUUUUCAACAAAAAAAUCGCACAUUUUCGGGAGUGGUCACAAAAAUGCAUGAUAAUUAUGGGUUCAUUGAUGACGACGUUUUCUUCCAAGUAAGGGGAUCAUUGCCCCGAGCAGGUGAUCGUGUUAUGGUAGAGGCGUCGUAUAAUCCAACUAUGCCUUUUAAAUGGAAUGCAUAUCGAGUCCAGCUUAUUGGUGAUAAAGGAGGACCAGGGCCAGUUAGCAUUGUUGGUGUUAACAGUAAUAGUGGUAAUGGGCUAUCAGCUCAUACACCUCCUGAUCGAGGUCGUCAGGCAGUACCAGGUCGCGGAUUAAUGUCGGUUGAACAAAGUUGGGCUGUGAAAUCUGUUGAAAAGCAACAAAGCGUCAGUCACGUAAAUGACUCUCGCACUCGUGACUUCCGUCCAUCUCCACGCACCCGGUCUCCAGUUGGAUCAAAUCGGCAUCGUUCUCCUCGUAAUGUGCCUUCUGGUCCAUCGGCAGUAGCACAAGAUGCGCGACGUCUAAGCCCUCCGAGACGUAUUUCUCCUCGAGGCAUAGCACGAAGAUCUCCUCGAAGAAGUCCAUUGCGUGACUAUGCUAAAGGUGCAGUGAGUCGGUCCUCUCCAAAGCACUUGACUCCAGUACGAAAACAUGAAGGAAAACGAGAGCACUCAGCUAGUGCAUCAGGACGUAAUCGGUCUCCUUCUCAGAAACAAGAUCCGAACACUCACAGUAGUUUAUCGCCCCCUCGUCGACGUGCUCGAGUCAUACCACGAUAUCAGUGUUACCUCCCGAAAGCACCGAUUUCAAAUGAAGUAGAACAGACAGUAAUGCAAUUGCGCAAACGAUAUCCAUCACUUUAUAUUCCGUCUGAUUUUUCGGAUGCAAGUAUUGAAUGGCCAAAAAGAACACCUAUAGAGAAUCCUCUAUCGAUUUCAGCUACUCCCAUCACUUUUCAUAUUUUACAUAAGGAUGUUGAUUAUCCAGGCGAAAAAUUGCCUGUUUUGAAUCCACCCGACCUGGACAACCGUUUCUCUGCAAAAGUCGUUCUAAUGAGCCAUCAAGGUUUAUCCAUUUUGCAUCAAAAAGCGUUUGGUUUACAAGUUGAUGGUUCAAUUGAUGAGAAUUCAGAUUCAGCCUCUUUGAAACGUUGCAUAAAUUUUGUUGUUGGAGUACGUAACAAAGAAAUGAUGGCAAUUGGUGGUGCUUGGUCGCCCUCACUCGAUGGUGAUAAUCCGGAUUCUGAUCCACGUGUUUUGAUUCGCACAUCAAUUAGAACUGUUCGGGCUUUAUGUGGAGUUGAUCUUUCUAAGUGUUCUAAAUGGUACAAAAUGGCGGAGAUUCGUUACUAUCGUGCUGAGAAAGAUCGAAUGGAUACAUGCUGUCUAUUUCUGCCAGAUACCAGUGGUUUGAUGCCCACCAAUGACUGCUAUCAACAACUGUUGGCCACGUUAAAGAAUCAGCUCAGGAGAAAACUUGCUGCAGUAGAUGCUCAAAAAGUGGUACUUCCAUCCACUGUAGCUGUUAGUGCUACAGAUUCUGGUGAAGCUGGGGAGGGAAAUGCAAUCACAACCGAGUCGACGGCUCUAUCUGGUGAUAGUCAACGUCAAAAGCAACAAUCACAACAGCAAACUGAUACCAAUAAGGAGCAGGGACAGGAACUUGAAGAAGAUGAUGAUGAAGAUUUAAAUCCAACUCAUUGGUCAAAACUAGAUAUUAAAACAAUGAAGGUAGCGGAAUUGCGGCAGGAAUUGAUGGCACGUGAUCUAGAAACAAAAGGGAUAAAGUCGGUAUUGUAUGCCCGGCUUCAGGAAGCAAUUGAUCGGGAGAAGGCAGAAGAAGAAGGCAGAGAAAAUAAGGAUGAUGAAUCAGUUUUAAAACAAGAAGAAAAAAGAGAAGAAAAGGAAUUAACAGAUGAAGACAAGAAAGCCGUUGAACGAUUUGAAAAAGAAAAGAAGGAGAAAAAGUGUUCAAUUGAACGCCAUUUCGUUGUUCCCAAAGAACCAGGAAUAUUGGUAUAUCCUAGCCGUCUGGCUAAAGGUGGAAAAUUUGACUGUAAAAUAGUUUCACUUCAUGCAAUGUUGGACUACCGGAUUGAAGAUAACAAAGAGCAUUCUUUUGAACUGGCAGUGAUGGCAGAGUGCAUAAGUGAAAUGCUUGAUCGUUCUCAGGCAUUUACUGUUUAUAAAGCUCUAAGUUGUGCUUUAGAUAAGGACUCCGAAAAGAAAAGACGUGAUGAAGCAAAACUUGCCGAGGUUUUUGGAUCGAAAGAAAUUAUCCAAAGUGGGAAAACUGAUAAGCCUGAAAAGUCAGAAGAAGAAAAGAAAAAAGAGGAUGAAAAACGGGAAGAAGAACAAAAAAAGGUGUUAACUGAAGCGCGAAAGCCCAUCGUUAUUGAUCGUGCAGUUUUCCAAGCUUUUGCUCACUUCGACCAAAAUCUUUGCGGGUAUGUUUUAGAGAAAGAUCUAGAAGAAAUAUUGCACUCUAUGGGCUUGAACAUCUCUCGUGCCCAACUGCAAAAGUUACUUAAAAAGCAUGUAUCGCGUGAUCGCGUGAGUUAUAGAUUUUUAACCGAUAGUUGGGCAAAUAAAGAUGGCACUGUUACUUAUAGACCCGGCAUAGUGUCGAAUCCCCCUUCCACUGAGCAGCUGUCCAAAGGCAAUGUGUCAAAAGAAUCAAAUAUCAGCACUAAAACAAAUGAUGUAUCAGACGUAAACUGUGCAGAAUCUGUAAUGUAUCUUGGUGCCCUUGUAAAUAUACCACAGGUUAUGGAUCAAGUUGCUAGAAUGGAGGCAGAUCGUAAUGUGGCUCUCCAGAAAGUUGACGUGUUAGAAGCACAACUGAGUAAUUUUUAUAACAUUGGUGGUGAGGAUAGUGCAAAACAUAUUCAAACAUUAGAAAAAAGGAAGAAAAGACUAGAUGAAGAUGUAGAAAAGUAUCGUAAACGGUUGCAUGAUGCAGAAAAGUGCCUAAAGAAUUCUGUUGAUGACACAGUACAAAUGAAAAGCACUAUACAAGAAUUUCGCAGAAUUGGUGAGCGGAUGGUCACAAUGGCUGAAAAGCUUAUGCCUAAUCCAAAAGAAGAAGAGAAGGCAUCUGAAAGAGAUGAAAAGGAUGUCAAGAGGGAAAAAAAAGAUGAAAAAGAGGACAAGAAAGUAGUUAAAAAGAAAGAGCCAGCUGCUUCGAAAUUAAAUGGUGAAGCGGAAGAAAAGAAAGAAUUGCAAUUGGUCGAUGAAGUUGGUAGUAAUGAUGUUGGAGAUGAACCAAUGGAGACGGAUGUUAUUGUCUUGUCUGAGGAACUAAUUGGAGAUGAUGAAAAAGAGAUAAAGAAAGAAGUUGUACCAUCUCAAGAUUCUCCAGUUUCUCAAGAAAUUAAUCCAUGUUUGACCUCAGUCACAGAAUAG